AAAACAUUACAAAAUCCAUUCUGGAGAGAAACCCUAUGAAUGCAGUCAAUGUGGUAAAGCCUUUUCAAACCACAGUAAUCUUAAGACUCAUAAAAGAAGUCAUACAGGAGACACACCCUUUGAAUGUAAUCAAUGUGGUAAAGCCUUUGCACAUUUCAGUCGUCUUCAAAAACAUUACAAAAUGUUUAUGUCAAUGUGGUAAAACCUUUAGAAGUCACAGUUAUGUUCAAACACAUCAAAGAAUUCAUACUGGAGAGAAGCCCUAUGCAUGUAAUCAAUGUGGUAAAGUCUUUGUAAGUCGCAGAAAUCUUAAAAUACAUGGAAGAAUUCAUACUGUAGAAAAGCCCUAUAUAUGUGAUCAAUAAGGUAAAGUCUUUGCACAUUCCACUAGUCUUCGAAGUCAUGAAAAAAUUCACACUGGAGAUAAACCCUAUGAAUGUAAUCAAUGUGGUAAAGCCUUUCUUUGGCGCAGUAAUCUUCAAACACAUGAAAGAAGUCAUACUGGAGACAAACCCUAUGAAUGUAACCAAUGUGGUAAAGCCUUUGUAAGACGCCAUAAUCUUCAAAUGCAUGAAAGUACUCAUACAGGAGUAAAACCGUAUGAAUGUAAUCAAUGUGACAAAGUCUUUGCACAUAUUAUUUAUCUUCAAAGGCAUGAAAGAAGUCAUACUGGAGAUAAACCAUUUGAAUGUAAUCAGUGUGGGAAAGGCUUUUCACAAUUCUGUCGUCUUCAAAAACAUUUCAAAAACCAUGCUGGAGAGAAGCCCUAUGCAUGCAGUCAAUGUGGUAAAGCCUUUGCAAGUAGCAGUAAUCUUCACACACAUAAAAGAACUCACACUGGAGAGAAGCCCUAUGAAUGUAAUCAAUAUGUAAGUCGCCGUAAUCUUCAAAUACAUGAAACUACUCAUACAGAAGUAAAACCCUAUGGAUGUAAUCAAUGUGGUAAAGCCUUUGCACAUAUUUAUCUUCAAAGGCAUGAAAGAAAUCAUACUGGAGACAAACUAUGAAUGUAUUCAAUGUGACUUGUCUUUGCAAGUCACAGAAGCCUUCAAAAACAUGAAAGGUGUCAUACUGGAGAAAAACCCAAUGAAUGUAAUUGAUGCAGUAAAACUUUGCAGGUCAGUGUAAUCUUCACACAUCAAAGAAGUAAUAGUAAAAAGAGAAACCCUACAAAUGUCAAUGUGAUAAUGCCUCUUUGUGUUACAGUCUUCUUCAAAGGCAUGACAGGAUUACUCCUGGAGAGAAACACCAUGAAUCUAGUAAAUUCAGUAAAGCUUUGCACACCACACACAGUGUUCUCACUGAGCUGUCUCACUGGUGCUCAAGUAAGAUUAGUAGAAGCAUUCUAUCAGUCAAAUAUUGUCUUUUUUCAAAUUGUAAACAAAUUGUCAUCCAAGGAUAGAGGAGCACGGAAUAAUUUGAAUAAUAAAACUUAUUUGAAGUAUCAGCUUCACUUAUUUGCAAAUGAAAAUAGUUUUUAUCCUGCCAUCCAGUUUCUUUUCAAUUGUGUUAGUUUAUUCUAAGGACUAAAUGCUUGUUCCUAACGCUUUCUCAGAAACACAAAUGAAUGACAGGGAAUUGUCUCAGUGUAUAAAAGUGAUUGCUGCUAAGGCUGAUGACCUGAGUUCAGUCUCAGGGAUACACUACACAAACCAGUUUUUCUUUGAUUACUACACUUAGGCUGUGGCAUAUGCACACCACACACCUGCACACAUGAAUAUCUUUGAAACUAAAGUAAGUAAUUAGUGAGAUCACUCACCUGCUUAAGGCACUUGCUCCCAAACUUGACUACCUCAGUUUGAUCUUUAGUACUGACACAGGAGAAGUAGAGAAUACACACCUGUAAAUUAUCCUCUGCCUGUCACAUCCACAGCAUGGCACUGGUGUUGCAUACUGGUACAAAUUUUUAAAGAGAUGAAAUUAACAAAGCAAAGAAAGUAACCAAAAUAUUGAGGACAUAGGAAAUGAUUUUCCAAUUGAAAUUAAUACAUUAUUGUAUUCCAUGAUAUGUCACUCUUCAAUAAAAUAGACAGUUCGUGAUUAAGUCCUACAUUAUUUGUCUCUGAUUCAAAGAUAGGUCAUUUUAUAAACAUCUCAGCUGGGUGUACUGGUGCACUUUGGAGAGAGGCAAAUGGAUCUUGCUGAGUUUGAGGCUAUCAUGGUCCACACAGUGAGAUCCUGGAUACUUAUUGCCAUGUAGAGAGAUCCUGUCUCAAAAAAAAAAAAAAAAAAGAAAAGAAAAAGAAAAAAAAGAAAAGAAAAGAAAAGAAAAUUUAAGUAACUGUGGCAUAUAUCACAUUAUGGAAUUUUCCUGACUUAAUCUGGCUUCAUCUCUACUCAACUAAACCCUUCAUUGUCUUCACUCAGAUCAAGAGAACUAUGUUAAGAAUGGCAUUUAGAAGCAAUGUGCAGAGUCCAUUCAUAGAGGGAAAGAAAUUCAUUGAGUCCUUCAAUGACCAUGUAGCAGGGAUUUUCAUCACCUCCAUGUGAGAGAAGAUAGAAGGAGUCAUGGAACGAGUACUUCUGCUGUAAGAUACCCAUGUUUAGUUCCUGGCACCCACAUCAGAUGGCACAGAACUAGUUGUAUUCCAGCUCUAGGAGAUCUGAUGCAUUUGUCUGGCUUCCUUGCAUGCCAGAUAUGCAAAUGGUGUAAAGACAAACAUUUUAUAUAUUUUUAUAUAAUAAAUUUUUCAAUUAUAAAAAUAAAAAUUUGAAAGUCCUUUUAAAAAUAUGGAGUCAUAUAUAUAAUAUAUAAUAUAUAUAAUAUAUAUAUGGUUUAAAUACAUGUGUGUUUGAGAGAGAAAGAGACUACAUAUUAUAAAAAAGGCUUUCUUAUGUAUUUUUUUUUACAAAUUUAAAUAAAAAUAAUUUAAUUUAGGUAUAUUGUCAGAACAUGGUCCUGGAAUGGAAUCAUGUAAGGAGAUUUCUGAAUGCUUGGGAGAACACUCCCAAAAAUACAAGAGUCUUGUGUCCAUACUUUCCUCGAAAAACAAAAUAGUUCUUAGAAAAACUUUUAUGCUCCUCCCAGGUGCAGCAGAUAAGAGUGGGGUUACAUCAGAUUACUCAUCAUUGCUUGCUGUUGUUAUUCAAUUAAAUGUUUAAACUAUUCUUUAUAUGCCUGUAUGGAAAAACAUGUCUGGCUUGUCUUUGUCAUUGUUUACAGCUUGAAGUCAUGAAAACCUUAUUAAUAUGACCUUGUUAACCCUCAGAGUAUAAAGUGUUGGGCCAUGAAUAAAGUUGUCUAUGAUGUGUGA